AAAUUUUUUGUAACACACUGUGUUUAAAAGUGGCAAUUGUCUGCUCCCUUAUAAAUACUGGGCUGUAUAAGAUUCCCCACAAGUAGCAAAAUACACAUGGAUUUGUUGACUAUAAGCUGACAGAACCAGCAAAAUCAGAAACUCUUUAUGAAACCAUAUUCACCAAGCAGGUAAAGUAGCCUCUUACACAAAAUGUUCUAUAGUACACCAGGCAUACAAGGCAGUAAAUGAACAGACUUUUUAUUUGAAUAAUUGUUCAGAAAUUAUACAGUCAAGGGUUGUUGUUGCAGGUCAAAAAAAUGUCAAGAGUUGUGAAUGUUGACUUUUCACAAAGCUGCAAAACCUAUUAAAAAACACAACACUUUAAAAACUAUUCAAAUAUAUUUUUUUAUAUAAAUGGGUAGCUGCAUUUUUAUAUUCAAAAUAAAUUAGAGGAUUACGCUACUGCGUAAAUCCUUUGGUGGACCUUUUAAUUGAAAAACUAUUGUUAGUCAUAUGGCCUGUUGGACUUUUUUGCAUUUUUGAGAUAUAUAAUAAACAAACUUUAGAUUGUUCAGGGACUGGAAUACUCCACUAAAUUUCUGCAUAUGUAAUCUACAUAACAGUACUUUAUAAAUGAAUUUGCACAUAAGCCCUACUUACAAUGGAAUUCAUGAACAUACUCAUUUAACUAAAUUAAAUUUUAAAAAUGUUCAUAAAAUACUAAUGAAUUCACAGGGGAGUUUUUGGGUUAUUAAUUUUAAGUUAUAUUUUAUGUGCAAAGUACUCACAAUGUACUAAAGUAUAUACAAAAAUAAUAAAUUUAUGAGAAAUGCAUGAGGUUCAAUGUUUUUAAAUGCAUGUAUUUUUAACACAUGAAGAAACCAAGGUCUGUGUGCAGCGAAAGCUGUUCUCCAGGCACCAGAAAGGCUGCUCAGAAAGGAAGACCUGUCUGCUGUUAUGACUGUGUUCCAUGUGCAGAUGGAGAAAUUAGUAAUGAGACAGAUUCGGUUAACUGCAAGCAGUGUCCAAGGGAAUACUGGUCUAAUGGUGAAAAAAAUAAAUGUGUGUUAAAAGCUAUAGAGUUUUUGUCAUUCACAGAAAUUAUGGGUAUUGUGUUGGUCUGUUUUUCACUGUUUGGAGUAGGAUUAACUGCAGUCGUGGCCAUUCUGUUUUGGAGCAAAAUGGACACUCCCAUUGUAAAAGCCAACAACUCAGAGCUAAGCUUCCUGCUGCUCUUCUCACUGACUCUUUGUUUCCUAUGUUCACUUACGUUUAUUGGUCGGCCCACUGAGUGGUCCUGUAUGUUGCGUCAUACUGCCUUUGGGAUCACUUUUGUCCUUUGCAUCUCCUGUGUUUUAGGGAAAACAAUAGUGGUGUUAAUGGUUUUCAAGGCUACACUUCCAGGAAGUAAUGUCAUGAAAUGGUUUGGGCCUACACAACAACGACUCAGUGUUCUUGCUUUUACAUUUAUACAGGUACUUAUAUGUGUGCUUUGGCUUACAAUAUCACCACCAUUUCCUAACAAAAAUAUGACAUAUUAUAAAGAAAAGAUUAUUAUUGAGUGCAGUCUUGGUUCUACUAUAAGUUUCUGGGCUGUUCUUGGUUACAUUGGCCUGCUAGCUGUCUUGUGCUUCAUUUUGGCUUUUUUGGCUCGCAAACUACCAGAUAACUUCAAUGAAGCCAAGUUCAUCACAUUCAGUAUGCUUAUUUUCUGUGCUGUAUGGAUCACAUUUAUUCCAGCUUAUGUCAGUUCUCCAGGAAAAUUCACAGUAGCUGUGGAAAUAUUUGCUAUCUUAGCCUCUAGUUUUGGCUUACUUCUCUGCAUAUUUGCACCUAAAUGUUACAUAAUCAUAUGUAAGCCUGAACAAAAUACAAAGCAACAUGUCAUGGGAAAAACAUCUUUAAAGGUUCAAUAACCAGAAAGUAAAGUUUUUUUUUUUGUAGUCAAGAUAGUAAGGGAGAACAUAUGGUGUAGAUUUUUUAUAACUUGAACAGCAUACCAUGGUACUAGCAAUCUCAAUCUUAGUGCUUAAUUCCAAAAGAAAGCAUAAUGUGAUGAAUCAUACACUUAAAAUACAAUAUUUGGAUAAAAUAAACAACGAUUUAUAGUGUACAUUUUGGGGUAUUUAAAGCUAAACAGCACUGAAUCUAAUUAGGAGUGAAUAGGAGGGUUUGGAAAUACAGCAUAUUGAAGAUGUUUAUCAAAACUUACAAUCAAAAGAUGAUAAUUUCUCAGUAUCCCUAGUUACAUAAUUUAGUUUAAUCUAGUUGUUAUAAAUGCAUAUGUGCUUUGAAUUGAUGCAAUUUAACAUCAGUGCUAAUAUAUACCACAUACAGAAACCUUUUGGCAUUUAUCAAAAUUUGACACUCUGGCUGUUGCUUAUUCAGAAAAAAAUGUACUACAAAAAAGAAACCAAAUAAAUCACACAAUAAAAUUUGAUAAUAUUUCAGGGCUGCUCCUGUUGUAAUUUAACUUGAACUUUUUGUAUCAUAAGAUGAUCAGAGUCUGAUACAUGUACAAAGUAAAAAGUUACAAGAUACAUUUA